AUAAAGGUAUAUCAAUAUUGGGAUAAUAGCGACAGGUCUUAAAUGCAGAUUUAUAAGAUACCUAUUAAUUAUGUCAGCUAAGUCGGCAGUAUUUCCACGUAAAACCAUCUACAUUUUUAUAUAGUUUGAAAAAAGUAUUAAAAUUGUAGAUAAAUAUAAAAAUAUAAAUUCGUCUUCUUUAAAAAUCAUUCAUCUUUAAUCUUUUUUCUUCAAGAACACGAUGAGCGAUAACAAAACUCUUCUCCUGAGACAAAUGGAAGAAGAAGAAGAUCGAGCAAGAAAACAAAUCUCUGUUUUGUCCUCCAAAAGAUCCCAAACUGCAAACGCAAACGCAAACGCAGCUGUAACAGCUCCUUCCGAGGUGGCGUUUAACGUUUGUUGUUUAUGUGUUUAUUGUCCUCUUUGCGUUCUUUGGUGCUGCAUCAAACAGCCUUGUACAAUUGGAUGGAGAGCCAUUCUAAACGCUAAACGCAGAUUAAGCGGUUGCAGCGGCUGCGGUAGAAGCUUUAGCAGGAGGGUUUUGGCAGCAGAUUAUUCGUCGUUUUCGGAUAUUGAUUCCGAUGAUGUGAAUUGCAAAGCUCAUAAUUGCUCAAAACGAAACCGGUGAUUAUAAAAUUUCUAUUGAGUUUUAUAAAUUUCCCAAACUUUCUCAAGCCGUUUCUAAACGCUGACGCAAAACGCUGGAGUUGACUUCAUAAUGCUGAGUUAAUGAAAUAUAUCGAGAUUAAGCUCUAUUAUUUCGAUAAUUUAGAGUAUAAAGAUGUUGUUGUGAUUGAUUAUAUAAAGAUGUAUAUAUUACUUGGUGAGGAAUAAAGUUGUUUUUUUUCUUCAAAUUAUUGUCAUCAGUAAGGAAUAAAGGUGUGAUGUUGUUGUGCCU